AACAUGGCCGUUUCACAGCUCGUGCCAUGGUGUCCUUGCGGCGUGGACUUUUGUACGUCGUAUUGUUUGGAUUGGCUCUCUCUAUUUGCAGCAAUAUUUUUGAAGUAAAUCGACAACUUUGGGGCAACUCGCCACUUCCCGAAGUGCCAAAUGCACGUGCAAGUCUGGAAAGUACGAAAACUUGCUGUUUCAAGGGCAUUCGUUGCGACCCAGAUGAUUCCUACAAUAUUUUUGUGAUUCAGUCUGAACGGAAAGAUGGUAGACUCAAAUUGAUGUAUGCGCCGAUCACGCAGUCCCUCGUCACUGGCUUGCAAAGCAGAGAGGAAGAAUGUGGCUACACCACUAUCAAAGUACUCCCGGAGACAAAGAGUGACAUCUUCAAGUACCCUGUGAUGCCCAGAUCAGGUGAUGUCAUCAUUUACGUUGGUACUUUGAAUUCCACGACUUUCAUGAACCGCUGCCGAACACAGAUGAUUCCCAACAGAACCUAUUGCAUCUGGUAUCAGGUGGAACCCAGAGAGUGGCCCAAUGCAUCGUUAUCUCCACUGGAGGAUUCAGUGUGUGAAGUUUGGGAGUACACCAGGGGAAACACUCCAAAGGCGCCCUUGGUACGCUACGUUCCGCCCGGGUUUCUUCCCACCGAAGCGGAUGAAACAACUAAUGAUCAGCUGGUGAUGAGGAGAGCUCAAAGUAUGAAUCCUGCCACACUGCAGUGGUACUUUAUUGGUCGACUUGGCCCGAUUCGGCAGAAAUGUUGGGAUAAAUUGCAGUCCUUGAAAUAUUUCCGGAAACAUGAGCUGAAAAAAAUUCCUCAAGGGGGUGCCAAGGGUUAUCCAAAGGUCUAUACCAUGGAAGACUGGAGGAAUCUGGGCCGAAAUUUGAAAAAUGUGAUCUUUCUGAACAUCCACCAAGCGUGCAAUCGUGAUCAGCCCUUGGAGACUAAACCUUUAGAGACGGUGCGUCUGGCACAGCUGCUUAGCUUGGGUUUUACGGUGAUCUCAGAAGAGGCGAAUAGUCUGGACAGCGAGCUUUACAAGGACAUAGUUCUGGUGGAGAAGGAUAUUUUUCACGAAAAGAAGUGGAGUCCAUCUCUGGUGCGGCUCCUCCAAAACAAGUCUGCCCUGGUAGAGUGGCAACUGUCAGCCUAUCAUCUCUUCAAGCAGCUGUUUCGACCCAGCAAGUUGUUACACGAUGCUCAUGUUUGGGAUGGCGGAAUGCUGAUGCAAAGUUCCUGUCAGACUUCGCUUAACUGAGGGCAGCGAGCACUCAAGGGGCCAUGGCACCACUAAGGGGUCAUCCCAGCAAGCCCAUGGCGAGCCGAGGGGUUUGGAUGGCGUGAAAAA